GAUCUCUCCUCCUCAGCCACUUCUCCACGACAACGCCAUUCACGGCCGACGGAUAUACUCUGAUGUCUAUCAAAACAUCUCGAAUCAUUCAUCACAAGCAAGCAAAGAAGCAAAAAUAACAUUCCCUCACAAGGGAUCGUCCGACGAAAUUAGAAUAGGACGAGCAACUGGUAGGAGCUUUGAGUUCUGAGGCUGAAUGCCAUAUCCUUUACCAACUAUGCGCACUACGACCCUGACUUAGAACUUCUCCUGUCUUCCCACACUCCUUUUCAAAGAUCAUCUACAGGUCAAUGAGGUACGAAAAGGAAAAUAUAUUAAAACAGACUAAACGAUUCAGUCGGCCGGACGAUUAUUUUUUUUCACUUUGGCAUUCGACAGCGUUGGGAACGUAUAUCAGGAGAACCAUAUCAAGGCUGAAAUUCGCCUAUUCUCCCUUGUCUGGGUCGGCCUAUCUGCCCUCCCGAUCGUCCUUUCAAGUGAUGUGGUCCAAAUCAAACCAUUAAUCACAGACUGUGCAGGGGGUGCACUUGACGCUAUUGGCCUCGUCAGCUUCUCCGACUAUCCGGAGGGCUCUGCUUCCUACACCGCUUAUUGUGCGUCCGAAUACUGGAAAACAUCCAUUGCUAUCACUGUUGCCACAUAUUGUUCCGGCGAAGAGAUCACCAAAGGCUGGGCUCUACUUCAAAGAUAUUGUGAGAACUAUGGUUUGUUGACGAUAGAGGACAUUGAUUUCCUCGUUGCCAAGGUCGACAUGAGCAAUGUCUCUACAGUCGACGUUUUCCAAAGGGGGCAAGAGGUUUUUAAUAACACUAUACUUGUCGAUAAGUACUCUUGGUCGAUGGGUGCUAAGACUGAGAGAGUAUGGGAUCGCGAAAUGAUCUUUCACCACGCUUUCGGUUGGACAAUGUACCUCCUCCUUGGCUGUGCCAUCUUCGUCGGUGUCCUCAACCGUCUAGUUGACAUGUACCGUACCCAUCUCAUCGUCAACGCUGGUAGAACUAUGGACCGUUCCGAAAUACCUCCUUCAAACGGUUUUUUUGGAAAGGUCAGUGUGUACUACCAAAAGUACCUCGGCAUCCCUGCACUCUUUGGUCACAAGCAUGUGCAUUCGUAUAACUGGUUCUGUAUCCCUACCAGGCUUGAGAGUCUCCUUGUGUUCACCUACGUUGCAUUCAACAUCAUCUUCAGCUUUGCCGGGUAUAACCUCUUCCGAGAAAACUUGUACUGGCCAGGAUCGUACAGUCUUCAAGUGGCAAGGUACAUUGCCGAUCGAACAGCCAUCAUGUCCUUCUACAACCUUCCUAUCCUCUGGUGCUUGGCGGGUAGGAAUGAUGUUAUCCUUUGGGUCACUGGAUGGUCUUUCUCGUCGAUGAACAUCUUUCACCGAUGGAUUGCUAUCGUCACCGCUUUCCAAGGUAUCGCUCAUUCUGCAGCUUGGACAUGGAUCGAGAGAGACGCUAUUGCAUUGAUGUUCCAGGAAAUGUACUGGAGGGCGGGUGUCUUUGCUACCGUCACUAUGAGCCUUAUGCUUCCCUUCUCUAUCAAGCCCAUUCGUGAGAAGUGGUACGAAUUCUUCCUCAUCGCGCACAUUGUUCUCGCUCUCGCUACUCUGAUCUUGCUCUUCUACCAUGUUACUGUCUACGGCACCGAUUACAAUGGAUGGUUAUGGGGUUGUGUCGCUGUCUGGGUAUUCGACCGAUUCAUCCGUAUCGUCCGUGUCCAAGUCCUCUCCUUCAAAGCUGCAGCGGGAAACAACGCCGUCAUGGUCGCGACGGGGGGUGAAAAAGGACUCAUUCGUCUUAGCGUCACCAGCUCCAUUCGACAUACUCCCAAACCUGGCCAACACUACUAUCUUUACACCCCCAUGUCUAUCACCCCGUGGGAGAACCACCCGUUCACUAUCGGUAGUUGGGAAGCCAAUAAGUCGAGCACUACUUUGCAUUUCUUGAUCGGUACCAAAGAUGGUGGCACGAGACGAAUGAGAAAGAUGGUUAACAAAGCUAUCAAUGGUCAAGCCGAUUUGCGAGUACUUACUGAAGGUCCGUACGGCCACACUUCCCCUGUUCACCGAUUCGAUAAUGUCCUCUUUAUCGCCGGUGGUAGCGGUAUCACCGCCGCAUUGCCUUAUUUGCACGAUCUCGUUUCUCGUCUUUCUGUCGGUAAAUGCGUCACGAAGAAAGCCACUCUCGUGUGGGUCGUCAAGAACUCUGACUAUGCGGCGGAUGUUUUGUCCAAAGAGCUGUCGCUAUCGCAUGGUCUCAAGGGAUUGGAAAUUGAUAUUCAGAUCCACAUCACCUCAAAGACAGGGGUUGCUAUACCUCUUAUAGAAGAAGCUGAAGGCCACGCUUUGGCUUACAAUGAUCCCUCUCCCUUGCCUUCCCGUACCAUCGAAAAGUCUCUUCCUUCCUCUUCGUCCAAAGCCUCGCUCAAGGAAACAUUGCUUAUCGGUCGGCCAGAAAUGCGCGCCGUUCUUCAAACCUCGAUCUCAAAACUUGUAGGCUCUGAGACUCUAGCAGUACUUUCGUGUGGCCCUGGGAACAUGAUGGACGAUAUGAGGGCCGCGGUCGUAGACGCGUACGGGACUGGUGAGGGCAAGGUCGGUUCUUCGACGUUGGAGUAUUUUGAAGAAAGUUUCUCCUGGUAACUGACACGUUUGGGCGGUAAGAUGAAAGGUGAAGAAGGUUUUGGAUGGGCGAAGCGAAGGGUCACUCUUUGUCAUUUUUGAGAUGCUAUAUUUUUGG